AUGUUGGAAUCGGAGAGACUUAGAUGGCUUCGUAAAAAUCAAUCCAAAUUAAGGGUUGGAAAGUAUCACAAUUUGAAUGAGUUAAACUCGAACAGUGUGACACAAGGCUCAAGCACUAGAAAAAGAGUAGUUUUGCCGUCUUCAUAUGUUGGCAGUCGUAGAUAUAUGGAUCAACUAUAUUUUGACGGAAUGGCAAUAUGCAGCUAUGUUGGUUUUCCUGACCUAUUUAUUACAUUUACAUGUAAUCCAAACUGGUCGGAGAUACAACGUUAUGUCAGACAACCAAACUUGAAAUCGGCCGAUCGUCCAGACAUUAUUUGUCGAGUAUUUAAAAUGAAGUUUGAUGAGUUACUGUCCGAUCUCACCAAGAAAUCUGUGAUGGGCAAGGUCCUUGCCUACAUGUAUACCAUUGAAUUUCAAAAGAGGGGUUUGCCACAUGCUCACAUAAUAAUUUUUCUUCAUCCGACUAGCAAGUAUCCAAACGCAAAUGAUAUUGAUAAGAUAAUUUCAGCUGAAAUACCUGACGAGAAUUCUGAUCAUGAGCUCUAUAACUUGGUAAAGUCACAUAUGAUACACGGUCCAUGCGGAAGUCUUAACCAAAAUGCACCGUGUGCAAGGGAUGGGAAAUGUUCCAAGUAUUUUCCAAAGGAAUUCCGUCCUCAGACAAUAGUUGAUCAAGAUGGCUUUCCUGUUUAUCGAAGAAGAGAUAAUGGUCACACUGUGUUAAAGAAUGGAAUUCGGUUUGAUAACCGUCACGUUGUACCAUACAAUUCAGGAGGAUUGUUAAAGAAGUUUCAAGCUCGUAUAAAUAUGGAGUGGUGCAAUCAAAGUUCGUCGAUAAAGUAUUUAUUUAAAUACAUCAACAAAGGUUACGACAGAAUCACCGUUGCCGUUGUUAGGAAUGAUGAGGUGAACCAAAAUGCCCAGAGAAAUAUCGAUGAGAUUAAACAAUAUCUUGGUUGUAGAUAUGUAUCUCCUUGCGAAGCAUGUUGGAGAAUAUUCUCUUUUCCCAUACAUGGAAGAAAACCCGUUGUUGAGAGGUUAUUUUUUCACUGUGAAGGAGAGAAUUCUGUGUUUUACAGAGACAUGGAUCGCUUAGAUACCGUGUUGGAAAAACCAAGUGUCACGGAAUCAAUGUUUACUGCUUGGUUUGAGGCAAACAAAAAAUAUCAUGAAGCCAAGGAGUUAACAUACAGCAAAUUUGUUGGAAAGUUUGUUAUGUCAAGAAAACAAGGGAAUGGAAACCGCGGAAAAAGGGUUAUACAAUUGGUAGAUUGGUAUGGGUUCCUCCAAGCUCGGAGUUACCAAGACAUAAAAAUAGUUAAUAAUAAAAGAUGUAAUUCUUUCUGCGAUGCUUGCUUUGCUAUGGGAUUUAUUGGUGACGAUAGGGAGUACAUUGCUGCCAUUGAAGAGGAAAGUCACUGGGGCUCUGGGCAUUAUUUGAGGUUACUUUUUGUUCAUUUGUUGCUAUUAAGCAGCUUGAAUAGACCAGCACAUGUUUGGCAAAAAACAUGGCAAUUAUUAUCGGACGGCAUAUUAUAUGAGCAACGUAGAAUUGCAAACAAUAGAGAGUUGAUUUUGUCAAAUGAAGAAUUGGUCAAUUUGACAUUGGUAGAAGUUGGAAAAUUACUCCAAAAGAACAGGAAGAGUUUAUCCGAUUUUGUUGGAAUGCCACAGCCAAAUGGAUAUGUUGUUCAACAAUUAGGCAACAAGUUGAUUUAUGAUGAACGUAACUAUGACAUCAUAGAACAAAGUCAAGAAUACAAUGCAUUAUAUCAACAUCUCACAGAUGAACAAAGAACUGUUUUUAACACUAUUAUCGGGGCUGUCAAUAACGGAAGAGGAGGUGUCUUUUUUCUUUACGGGUACGGCGGCACGGGAAAGACGUACAUCUGGAGGACAUUGGCGUCUUGCAUACGGUCGAGAAAACAGAUUUGUUUGACGGUUGCUUCAUCUGGUAUAGCCUCUCUUUUGCUACCAGGAGGUAGAACAACCUAUUCCAUGUUCAAAAUUCCAAUCCCAACAUUGGAGGAAUCCAUAUGUGACAUCGCAAAGAAUACCGAUCGAGCUGAGUUGCUUCGGUUAGCCAAAUUAAUUAUAUGGGACGAAGCUCCAAUGGCUAACAAAUAUUGUUUUGAAGCACUCGAUAAAACCCUUAAGGACCUUAUGUCCGACACAAAGGCUUCCAAGUCUAUUUUUGGUGGUAAAGUUGUUGUUCUCGACGGUUCUCAGACUAACAAAAAACAUGCGUUUGUUGCAACCACCACACCUUCAAGUUCAAAAGAAUUAGAAGAGUUCUCAAAUUGGAUUUUAGAUGUUGGAGAUGGAAAACUGGCUGAACCGAAUGAUGGAUUUGCAGAUAUUGACAUACCAAAGGACAUGUUGAUAUCCAAUUUCGAAAAUCCGAUAAAAGCAAUUAUUGAUUCAACCUAUCCUAACUUUCUCCAAAAUUACAAAGAUCCACAAUACCUUCAAUGUAGAGCAAUAUUGGCUGGAACUUUGGAGACAGUUGAUGUCGUAAUUCGUUAUGCGCUAGAUAUGGUUCCAGGAGAUGAAAAGAUUUUUUUGAGCUCCGACUCAGUUGACCAAAUGGACACUGAUGCUUGCGAUUCGUUUGUUUCUUUGACAACGGAAUUUUUGAAUACACUGACAGCAUCCGGUCUUCCACAUCACAGCAUUAGACUAAAAGUGGGGACCCCUAUAAUGCUUUUGAGAAACAUCGAUCAAUCCGAAGGGUUAUGCAACGGUACAAGACUCAUUGUUACAAGAUUGGCCGACCAUGUUAUAGAGGCAAGGAUUAUCUCCGGUAAAAAUAUCGGAACUUCAUUUUACAUUCCAAAAAUGGAUAUCUCUCCAACGCAAUCACCCUGGCCUUUUAAAUUAACAAGAAGGCAAUUUCCAAUCAUUGUGUCCUACGCAAUGACGAUUAACAAGUCGCAAGGUCAGUCGUUAGACUAUGUUGGGUUGUAUUUGCCAAGGAAUGUCUUCAGCCAUGGUCAAUUGUAUGUUGCAGUAUCAAGAGUGAAAAGCAAAAACGGUCUCAAGAUACUAAUCCACGACAAAGACAAUGAAGCGGCACACACUACCACCAACGUGGUAUUCAAAGAAGUCUUUGAAAAUGUGUAA